AUGGAGGUGGAGACGCCCCAAAAACCAGCAAUACAAGAAGCCACGGCCGAACCGCCACCGGAAACGGCACCAUCCCAGAAAGGCCGCAAACCCGAAAAGGUCGAGACUUCGUUUAGCCCCGGCGAUAUCAUACGGGGUCGGCAGCUCGCCAGCGAACUCGAGGCUUUGCGCGUGGAGGUCAAUCAAUCCCAUGGUCUGCGCGGUAACCGAGUCGUCGGGAAGGUCGACACACUACGCGAGGCCAACGUCCUCAUCACCCGCAACGACACGGCCAAUAAGAUUGGUCUUGAGGAAAUUCGCUCGAUCCAAAAGAUGCUCAGCGAUUUUGACACUCGUGAGCGCUGGGAGAACGAGCAGUUGGAAGCCGCACCAGCCGGUAUACAGCCGCCACAAGGAGCCGCGCAAAUGGAAACGACGUUGAAUCGGCCCUCACCCUCCUACAACUCGUCGCCGCCGCUGUCGUCAAGCCCGUGGAGUCUGGACGGGUUCCCGGUGGUGAACUACGACCAAAACUUCGACCAGUCCCCACCCUACGGCUACCCGGCUCCCCAUGAAUACGGCUUCGACCCGUACUACGCGCAACCGUUCGGCGGGCAUCACUACCCACCGACGUCCAUGUACAGCCAUCCCGGAAUGUCGCACCAGCCGAUGCACAUGUCGCCCACGCCGUACGACUUCUCGAUGGGACACGGGUUUCCGGCGGAGCCUUCGACCGCAGACCACUUUCCCGUCGAGCCACAGCAACCACCGCAAGCCUCCCCUUCAUUUAACCCGGUGCCGGAAGGGUUCCACAUUGAGUACAUCUCGCCGACGCGCCCGAUAAUGGUUCCAAACAAGCCGGGGCAACAGCCAGCGGUUUCGAGGCAGAAUCAGCAGCCGCACCACCCGGGAAAUGGCUACAGCAACGCGGGAACUUCAACAGUGCCACCCGGAUUUGCGCCCCAG